CUAAGAAUAGAAUUGUAGUGCAUUAUCAUUUAUGGUGCAUAUUAUGGUUGGGAUGUCUCGUGGUUUCUCGUGUAUGUUGUUACUUCUGUAACUCGUUUAAAUAAAUACUAUUAAAAUGGAUGACUUUUGCUGAUUACGGUACAGUUUAUGACUGCAUGUUGUUUCGUAUUUGGAUGUAUGUUGUACUAUGUUGUCUAGGCAAAGAGCUUCAGUAUUUGUCUUAGUGAAUUGAAUGUACUUUUACCUAGAAACUUGGAAAUAAUUUUGAAAAGCAUUUAGUGGAUGCAAAAGGUUGCCGUGAUGUUUACAGUAUUAGGAAUAUGCAGUGCAUGUAAGUAGUGACAUGAAAGUAGGAGUGGUCUGAAAGUAUGAGUGCCGUGACAAUGAUAUAAGCAGCUUCUCUGGCAACAUUAAUUUUCGAAAUAUGUAGCAUGUGAAUUAACUUUGUGAACAAAAAUGUUGUAAUUAUCAUUAGAAAUCACGUGAUAUGUAGAUUCUGUGUCGAGGUGUUCAGUGUUAAAUUGCAAGGACAACAUGAUGGCGCGUCCAGGAAUUCCAAUAUACGUUUUAGGACAGACUAUGAAGGAGAUACGAAUGGUGACGUCAGUUUUAGUCGCAGAUAAAGGCGGCAUAAAUCAGGAACUGAACGAAGUAUGGACCGUGCAUAGGAACGUUAAGUUACGCAAAGAAUAUACCACAAGGGCAGUGAAUGUUGACAACAAGGGCUAUUCCGAUCGACCAUGUAUGGACAGAACUGCAUGCUGUCGCGAAUUUACAAGUUUAACAUGUAUCCCACAACAAGCAGAAUCACAGCAUAUGGAGUGCUUAAAGUCUGUCUCUGAUAUAAGUAACUCUACAUUGAAUGAUAAUGGGUACGCAUCUGGGGACGAAACGGAUAAACAGAUUCCCGAAGACUGUGGUAUUGAAACUGAUAUCCAUGAAAUCGCUCUGUUGACGAAACCCAAAUCAGAACUACCGUCUCUGAUACUUCACCGUUUUAUUCAUACAGGCAUAUUUGUGCUUGCCGUUGAUACAGAACAGUUCGACAAAAACAUGGAGUUGUAUGAAAAGAUGCUAAGAGAACUUGGCACAUAUUCUGUUUUGACGAAAGCCGGAUAUACUGAACUUAUUGUUGUAAAUACCGCUGAACAAAGCAACCAAAACAAGGAUGCAUGUGGUUUUAAAAAGAAUGCUCGAAAACUUUUCAACGCAAUACGGAAGUCGUAUUUCGGAUGUCAUUUUGGUACGUGUUGUAUAACUGAACUCGGACAGAAGAUAUGCGAGAUUGAAUCAAAAUACGAGAUGAAAAGGGCCUGGCCAACUGGAAAGUUUACAAAUCAACGUUCAAUGAUCCAAACUCUUGAACGAAAAGGCACGUUUACUGAGAUGGGCAAGGCUGAUAUAUCUGAAUCCACUUUGGAGCAGAGCGGCAUGUUCUAUUUCCAAGUGAUUGAUACUGGUUAUGUAUGCUGUAGACCUGAUAAAUUGGUACAGAAAUAUAUCAGCUUGCUAGAAAUGUUGGAAAUGCGGGGUGCCCUUGCACCUAAUGUAUCUGUUGAUGAUUUUACACUGGAUAUUGGUUAUGAAGAAACCAAUAUCAUGUUGAGUGCACUUGUUGAAGCAAAGCUCAUAGAAGAAGAAGAUGAAGACACAGUGCACCUGCUUCCAUUGAUAACACCAGUCCUUCUUCCUCAGUAUGACGAGAAAAGAACAUUCAAAAUUGAAACCAAUGUACUACGCCUUGCCAUUGAUAUCAGUAUUGUACCGACAGUUCUUAUGGUAAAUAUCAUAAUGAGAUGUGUCCAUUUUGGAUGGGCUGUAAGAUCGAAAGCACCGAAAGCAUGCGAAUCGAGGGAUUCUGUAUUGUUGGAAAAUGGGUCCUUCGGUGUAGUAAUGACUUUCGACUCAGCAGAAAAUGUGUCUAAUGUUGGACUCUGUAUCAUACGAUUUCAGACUGAUGAAAAUGGUGAUGCGAAAUUUGAUUGUGGCGAGUGUGAAAAACUUAGAAACGCAGUUGAAUCAGAAGUUGAAUCCUGCACAUCGGUGCAUAAUCAUAAACUGGAAAGUGUAACAGUGUGUGGGCAGUACAUGAGAAGCAAAGACGAGAAGGAUCUCUUGAGGAUGAAAGAAGGAAAGUGGACAGAUGUUACGAAACUGAUGAGUAACAUUGACAAUGAGCUUGGUAUCAGUGAGGCGACGUUGCUGAAACACUGGUAUCCUGCAAAGUGUAAAGAGCUUGAGGAAACGAUGAACAAGAGCAUGAGAGACGAUGUGCUAGUUAAAAUUGCGGAAUUGUUCGGAAGAGGCUAUAAGAUUUUUUUCAUUGGACAGAAGAUUCCGUCGUCGUUUGUAGACCGGAUUGGACUUGAAAAUCAAAAUAACGUAACGUAUACAGUGUUUCAGCUGCUGAAAGAAUGGGUUCGAAUAAAUGGAUACAAGGCAAAUCUUUCCACAUUAAGGACAGCAAUAACAGAGAGCUCAAUAAAUAUCGAUCUCUCGAAAUUUGAUGAAAUUGUAAAGGAAUCUCAGUAAAAUAUCGAAACACUUCUACAUAGAAGGCAGCAGUAUCACCAGCAACGUGUUCAAGAGACGAUGACUGACAUUCUAAACAAUCACUGAAUGUUAUUUCCAAGGAUACCAAAGUUUCGAUUAUCAAUUAAUGGUUCACUUAAGUUAUUUCUUAAGGCGAAAACAUUUUUGGUUAUUCCACUAAACAUGAAAGCUUAAUUUGCUUCAGGCUUGUACUGGUAUAAAAUAAACUUAUCCAACCGUUUAACUCCCCCUCAAUAUUUUUAGCAAUAUCUAACAGGACAUUUACAAAAUAUUGUACACACUGGGACAAAUAUGUUUUAAUAACAUAUUAUAAGAUUUUAAUACUGUAUUUUUUCUGAUAUAUGGUCAAAUAUCAAACUAAAUUGAUAUGAUAGGAUGAAAACGUAAUUUGUUGUUUUUUUAAUAAUUUUUCUGCCUUAUAACGUAAUUUGUUGGCUUUCAAAUUCUCCACAUAUAUUUCUGUGAAUUUUAAAAACUGGACUUAAGCCGUAAAAUAAAUAAAAUCCGAUUUUGUUGAAAUUUCAGUAUGUAAUUAGCAACAUAUUUAUCCAAUUUUGAAAAAAAAAACUUCAUAAAUUUUCUAUCAGAAUCAUAAAGAUAUUGCAGUGUUAACGUUAGAAGUUUCGAUAAGUGUAUUUAUUACAUACACGUUUCUAUUCACCGUUAAGUUACACUGGUACCGGGAACGUCAAUAUUUUUUCCAUACACUGACGCCUGAAUUUCAUAUCGGGUGCGUGACGUAAUUCAGUGUGUGUUGUUGCACUAUUUUUUUUCUAAUUAGUUCAGUAUUGUCAAUCCUAUUCAGGCUAUCGAACAUAUAUAUGGUAUUUACAUUAUAUUUAUACGUGUAGAUGCGUAUAUAAUAAAAAGGUUAUUAUCUUUGCAUCGGGAAAUAUGCACUCGUUCUUCAGCGGAAGAAUAUUGCGCUCCUAAAGUCGCGCAAUAUUUCCGCUGAAGAACUCGUGCAUAUUUUCCGAUACAAAGCUAAUAAUCUAUAAUUAUUACCCCCCGUUAAGUUACAAUGGUACCGGAAACGUCAAUAUUUUUCCAUAUACUGACGCCUGAAUUUUAUAUCGGGUGCGUGACGUCAUUUAUUUGUGUCGUUGCAUAAAUUCUUUUAUUUAGUUCAAUAUUGUCAACUUAUUCAGACUAUUGAACAAAUUCAUAAUAUUUACGUUACAUUUAUACGUGUAGAUACGUAAGGAAGAAUAUUGCGCUCCUAAAGUCGCGCUAUAUUUCCGCUGCCCAAAUCGUGCCUAUUUCCCAAUACAAAGCUAAUAACCUAUAAAUAUUUGUCUGUAUCAUGCUAUUAUACAAAUGUGCCACAUUACUAGUAGUAUUAUCAAAGAAAUCUCGAACAAGUUUACAUAAUUAUUUAAAUGCUGUCAUUCUGCAGUGGUGGAUUUGGAGAAAUAUGACUUGAAUGAUUACUCUAUAUUUUACGUCACCCUGAUAAGGGAAGGUUUUAUUUGAUUGCGAAGAACAAAAGAAUAACAAUUCACUUUUGAUAUAGAACACAUAUUUCGUUUAUCUUGAGUACUUAAAGUUUCAUAGACGCCUGAAAUGAUAUGGUAUUUAGAAAAUAUGUUUAUUUAAAUUAAUUUCCGAUGAGAGAUUUUUUUAAAGAUUUUUGACUAAAAUGGCAUAAAAGAUGAAAAAAUGACAAAUUUCAAGAAAAUGGUUAAAAUGACAUUGAUCGAUACCUAUUAGUAGGUUGAAAAUAUGAGAAAAGAAAUUAAAAUGUAAAUGAGGCGAGAAGAUAUGAUAUGAUAAAAAAGGUCAAUGAAUGACUGGUGUGUGUCUUCUGGUCGUCAUGGAAGACUAAUUUUAAAAUUAGGUUUGCCAUUAUGGCCAGAAAGAACACUUGAGUCAUAUUUUGACUUCUUGUAACUCUUCUUUAUAUUUACAUAUAUUUUGUUUUGUGACUUUUAGUUUGAAAUUGUCAUCUAUUAUCUCAGCGACUCACUGUUGCCAAAAACACACACAGUAGUUUCAAGUCGUGAUAUACGUCAUUUACUGAAGGGAAGUCAAUAUGGAAUAUUGAUUUGAAACAAUUCUAAUCUCAGCUGAGCCGGUAUAAAAUAAUAUGCCAAAGUAGGGUGAAUACGAGUAAAUUUGGCCAGAAUCGGAUUCAAGAAUGUUGGUUUGUUCAUUUGAGGAAGUCAAUACAAUACAAUUAAUGAAGUGAUUUCAUAAUUUUUAUUGUAAUUUGUAAUUAGGUAAUUAUAAUUGUUGUUACGUUAAUUAGGAAACCUUGCACAUCAUUUAAAACCCAUUUCUAAAUGUUGACCAACCCGCAUACCAGCAUAUAUAUAUGCCCACAGCGGUGUAAUUGCUACAUGUAUAUUACGGUAAUAAAUAUGUUUAAACUAACAA